AUGCUGUUGGCUAUUGCAGCUCUGCUCAUUUCCAUCGGGGAGCUAAUUUGCAGAGGUAAAAGGGCAGGAGUUGUGUUCAUACGCAGAAGGGGCUGUUGGUUUUAUCAUCCACCACCUCCUCGAUAUACGCCUUUUGGUACUCUUCUUGAAAUUUAUGGACUAGUUGCUGGCAUCGCACAGUGCAUUUGCUCUAUAGUUCAGUAUGGUUACUGCCUUCGGCAUGCUGAUAGUCCUUUGAAAGCAUCCCUUUUGCCUGCCAUAUUUCUUAUCUGUAUAGUUGGUUCAAGACUGAGUAAUAUGCGAAUGAACGCCAAUACCACUGAUAACAUGGGCUCGUGGGAAAAUUCUUCAAGAGCAUCAAGAGCAGGAGCAAGAGCAGCUGCUCCUGCAGCUGCGGCAGCAGCAACAGCUGCAACUGCGGCAGCGGCAGCGGCAGCGGCGGUUUGGGGAGCCGCAGGAGCAGCUGCAGCUGGGGCUUGGGGAUCAGGAGCAGCUGCCGCUAGAGCAACAGCGGCGGCUUGA